AUGGAUGUCUUUAAACGCCAUCGCGAGAUAUCCCAAGUAGAUGUCGGACGAAUGGCUAGACUCGCCUUAGCUAUCCGACCCGAGGCAGAAGGACUGGAAGCGUUGCAGAAAGAGACAGGACAUGUUCUGGUCACCAACCGAGAGAUAGUCUCCAACAUCCUAGGAUGCUUAAGUCCAAACUUCCGAGACGCCUUACGGUUCAGACUCACUCUAGAAGAGUCUAAACCUGCUACAGAGGCAGCCGGUACGACUAGCAAACGGGAUUGGCAAACUGGAGCUCACAACGCCUACGGCGGAUUUUCUUCUUCAGAGGAUAGAGACUAUGAUCGAAACCUCUAUCGAAAUCCACCGGCAGCCUCUACUCCAGCGGCAGCUGUGAAGUCGGAACCCACAGACAGUGAUUUCCGUUCGUUUGCAAAAGCCAUGAUCAAAGAACAACAGCAGUUCGUCUUAGAGCAACAACGAGUGAAUGCGAAGUUUGUAGAAUCUCUUCGCGAAACAAAGGAGCAGUUUAUGGCUGAAAGCCGUAAAAACGCAGAAGCGACCGAGGCUUUAGCGGGCAAGCUAGACAUAGUAAUCUCCAAUCCGCAUAACUUAAACUCGAGACUCUGGGAAGGGAACUAUCCCGACCAGCAGUGCUUCUAUUGCAAUGGGACAGAUCAUUGGGUCAUGAGGUGCCCGAGUCGAUUAGAUGAUCUUCGUAAAAAGAAGAUCUACACUAAAGGCUCAGAAGUCUACCUCUCUUCCAAUCACCAAAGGAUCUCUGCCUUCUCACCCGAUGGCCGUAGCCAAAAGGAACGAGUUGCGGACAUGACAAUCCAAGGAGCUUACUUUGCAAGGCAAAGCCAUGGGCUCAAUCUGAGUCUUCAUCCCCAUGGAGGCGAAGAUUAUGAGCGCAGCCGCGGUCCCACUUACGGAGACUUUAACACGAUGCAGACGGAAAUCUCUCAGAUCAAGGAUAUCGUGCACACGUAUCUCCUGGAUCGAAAAGACUCUAAGUCUGAAGGCGUUCCUACCAUUGAGGAACGAGACGACGACCUCGACUCGCAACUAGACAAGCUGGGAGACAUGAACAAGAACCUCUCGGUAUUUGCUCAAGACCGAGACAGGUCGGGUUUUCCUUAA